AUGGCGGGCGUCUUCUGGGGAGGCGGGAGGGCGGACGAGGUGGCCGACUUCGACGAGUACGAUCCAACCCCCUACGACGGCGCUGUGGGCUCUGGGUACGGCUACGGGAGGAAGGGACACGGCGACGACGACGAGCAGAAGGCGUACCGGAAGCCGAAGCCGGCGUACGGGGACGACGAUGAGCACCAGGCGUACCGGAAGCCCAAGCCAUCCUACGACGGGGACGAGAGGCCCAGCUACGGCCGCAAGAAGAAAGGUGACGACGAUGACUCCGAUGACGACGAGAAGAGGAAGCCGCGCUACAAGAAGUACGGCGACGAUGACGACUCCGACGACGACAAGAAGAAGCGAUACGAGAAGAACAACCGCCGGCGCUACGAUGACGAUGAUUAA